CCAAGAUCCUAUCUUGUUGAUGUGCAGAUAGUUACGAUGCAAGUGGGCAGCUCCGCAAAUACAUACUAUUCUGCUGCACACACUUAAUAUUCAGACACGACCGGGCCUCAACGCCACUGACCGAGGGCAAGAACUUUUGCCAGCCGAGAACCUACGCAAUUUCAUUAUCCCGGAACUUCGCUUGGCUUGUCUGGCCUCAGAACUUAUAAUCCAAGUUACCCCACGGUCGUCUGUAGUCUCCUCAGGCUCUGCUGCAGCCUCGCACAAGCUGUGUCUUUGUGCAACAUCUGGGCACGGAUUGCUGCAGGCACUUGAUCUGAGAGACAUCUAAGCUCCCUUGCCUUUUCUUUGCUUCUUCUGCUGCUGGUUCACCUCGCGCAUGCAGCUCGUAUCAAGCAGUCCUACCCAAGUCAAAGCUACAACUUUUCUCAGUUUCUCACAACUCACUUGCUCAGAAAAUCUCAGGUCUGUGCACUGGGUUGUGAUUUUCCCAUCACAUUUCAUUUCCCCUGUUGACCGUAACAUGCUGGUCCUUGGUGAGGACAUUCUUCUCGGCCGCGGGGCUUCCGGUCGCUGCUUUCACACAUUCGAUAUGGCGACUGGGGUAUGAGCAUGCGAUUCCAUGCUAUAACCUGCGGCCCAAACCGCGGCCAGGCUGAUGGAUGGUGACUAUCACAUCUUGAUAACGCCACUUGAUAAAAGACUCCGAGUCCAACGGUCUUUCUUGCGGUCGCAGUGUCGGCCGCCUUGCUUCAUCAGAUCGACCCAGGGACAAAGCCAGCAUGUAAGAUUUAUAUAUGUGACUUUAUACGUGAUUGGUAACAAGGCCCCGCUAUGGGAUCAAAGCCUCUGUACACUUGUUUGCCGAGAUAUCAAUCUGGACAUUUCAACUGUCCGAAUGGUUUCGGCCCAUUGGAAUACGCUUAUAUUCGAGUGACAUUCAGCCAGGCGCAUAAUGACUCGAGCUUGACUAAAUUAGUAGCGCAAGAAUCGCGCAAGUUGGACAAACUGACCCUGGUAAUGAAAUGUUAUACUGGACAAACUCGAAAUAGGAAGAAGGCCCCGGAGGCGCCAUCUAGUGUCUUCAUGUCAAAACAGUCUACGGUUGUAAAGUGGAGUUUACACCAUCUUUCUAUGAGUUUCGUUGACAGGUUGACAAGUCAACGUUGCUCUCUCAUUACUGUUGAUCACUUUCAGCUGACUUACAGAUGUGAUAAGUUGGGGAUCAACGCCCACGCAUGGCAGGGUCUAGGUCUACCAAAUCCUUGGGUUUACCCAAAAGGCUCGGCCACGUUCUUCUGUCUCACUGCUUUCUUCCAAGAGUCAUGGCUCUCAUCACAUCUCAGUCGAAUUCAAUCACUUUCCACAACUGCAACGUAAGGCUGGCACACCGAGCACAGUAACGUUGAAAAUUGGGGCGUUGAAAGAGGCCAAUAUUUAGAUCUCACUUGUCUCGAUCAUGGUCCAAUUGGAAUGAAGCCGGCUCCGCGGGGCAUUCGAUAUUCGACAUUGUGCAUGAAAGGAAUGCGGGUGCCAAGAGGAUUCCAGCCUCGAUCUGAGCCCAUCAGAGGCUGAGAAAUGUGAAUAUGCAAUGAAUCGAUACGAGACGGAGCUCACGAUAGCGGGCGUUCGACAUCGGCCGUUAUUGGCUUAUUGUCUCAGAUUUGAUUGUCUCGAUUUGGAGACAAAUCAUUUCGCAAAUCGUGGAAGUGGGCUUGAUCCUCGAGAAGGAUCACAAGAUACCCGAGACUGAGGCUUGAUGUCGGAUCAUACUCCCAGUCUCUUUGGGUAUUUAUGCAUCUGCAGUAUAGUUGUCAACUCUUGAUUGAGUAUAUAGAUUGAGCUCAAUUGGUCUCGUGCAUCAUGGUCCUUUUAUCCGGAUGGUCGAAGUUGUUGGUUGUAGGUCCAUCGUCACUUGGGCAAGGUCAGAUCAUGUUUAAAGCUCUUAUGAUGCGUCCCAAGUGGCUAAUUAUCGAAUUCCAAUUACG